AUGCUCUGUACCAAUAUGAAAUUGAGUGCCUGUAUGGAGUCAAUUUAUGCACAUUUCCGGUGAUGGUUUUCUCGCAAGCAUAUAAGAGCCAGAUUGGCAAGCCGGAUGCGAAAUUAGCCAUGGGUCUUCUAUUUCGGAUGUCCAACUUUGUUCGUGCACGAACUCCGAACUAUCGUGGCACUUUUGCCGUGUUCAGAGUGUUCAUGCUGAUAUGUGGUGUGAAUUUCUUCGACGAAGACUUCAUGGUUGGACCAGUGAAUAUGUUCCGAUUUGUGGGUCCUAUGUUGACCGGUUACUACUCGUUGGUAGCAUGUUUGAUUCAUCUGAUUCGAUAUCUUGGAGACACUGAUGUUACUAUUCUGAGUUUGGCUGCGUUUUUUGCUGCAUUCGAAGUCUUGAUCAAGGUCGGAGGUAUGGCAUUGAAGCGAAAACUUGGAGCUAGGUUGAUGAACACCAUUUUGGAAGAUCGUAGUUACGAGGAUGGCGAGGUUGAACGAUUCACAUUCCUCAAGUAUCACACCCUAGCGAGGAAGUUAAUGUACAUUACGAUCAUUUCGUACCCGUUCACGGCACUGAUGUUGCUGUCCUAUCCGGUGCUUGUCGGAAAGCUGGACGAAUACGUACUUCCGGUGGGCUACUCGAUUCCGUUUAUAAACUACAAGCAGCAUCCUUGGUACACAAUAAACUAUCUGAUAACCAUCGUCCAAAUGGCUUGGUGUACAUUGGCUUUUAUUGGUUGCGACGGUCCGUUCUAUUUAUACGUGUGUUACUCGUCAUGUAAACUGGAGAUUUUGAAGAGCUACACCGAGAAGAUCGGCGAAACCAACGACAUUGAGGAGCAAAGGACAUUGAUGAGGAAGAUUAUUGAAAUACAUACACAAGUUUUAGAAUUUCUAAGAGAUUGCUCUAACUUUUACAACGAGAUCUACUUGACCCAAGUUCUAUUCUCCAUAGCUCACAUCUGCGUUUCGCUGUUCCAUGUUCAGCUGAAAUGGAAAAACAGCUCUUACGGUAUGCUCGCAACCAACGUGGCCAAGAUGUGGAUCUUUUGCUACUGUGGCGAACUAGUCGUCACCAAAUCCAACGAACUCUCUGAGGCGAUGUACACCAAUCGGUGGUAUCAGUUGUGGUCCAAGAAGGAUCUUAAGGUGAUUCAAUUUAUGCUGGCCAAUGCACACCGCAAUGUGGGCUUUUCAUUCGGAGGAUUUGGAUUUCUGUCAUACGACGCGUUUGCUGAGAUCAUGAAAACCGCCUAUAGCUGCAACGCAUUCUUGCAUAACAUGAUGAAUUGAGGGUCUUAUCUGAAUAACCUUGCCAAUAGCAUGCUCACGAUGUUUUUGCUUAUUUAGAAUGCAUGUAGAAUUACCUUUUAGGUCCUCAACUCUCUAAUAGUAUCCUGGGGUCGAUUUGACCACAUACGUCCAAAAAUGCUCACUGUUCACUGAACAUGCUCGGCAAGGCGACCAAACCGAGGUCACGAAGGGAUCUUUUAGGGUUAAUGGCUUAGAACCAAAAUAUCGAAAGACUAAACAUCGAAAGGACAUUUUGGGGUCUACCCCGUAUGGCAUAAUGCCAUUUGGCAUAAUGCCGUUUGGCAUACAGUCGUUUGGCAUAAAGUCGUUUGGCAUAAUAGUCGUUUGGCAUAACAGUUGUUUGGCAUAAUAGUCGUUUGGCAUAAUGGUCAUUUGGCAUAAUUUGAAAAAGGAAGAUACUGUAAUGGUACAGUAAUAUGCGGGGCCAUAAGAUGCGUCAUAAAAUACUAUGUUCCUUUUUUUCAAAUUACAUGGAAUAACUUAGGCGUCGGAUACAUUUUUGUUAAAAAUGCUCUAUAAUAUCCCG